AUGCGGUGCUUGGGACACUACACUCAUGAUCGUAGUGCUCGAUCUUCUGACAGCGAUGGCAUCUUGCCGCUCACUUGUGACUCAAAGAGCGAGAGUUCUGGCUCUCGAUGUAACAGUGGUCCAAUGGCUGAAGUCUUCUUGUUCCACAUUCGCUAUCGCCUUUUCCAGCGUAUGGAAGCCCUCUCGGAACAUGUAGGUCUUCACCGGUCCAUCUACAAGGCCGUAGAUGAACACGUUGAAGAGCGUGUGCUCAUCAACAGGGUUUUCCGUGACGCUACUCGCAAGGUAGCGGAGGUGUUGCGCAUCAUCAUGCACAUCACGCUUACCUUGCUUGAGCCUCAAGAGUGCAGAGCGUUCUCUGAACUCGGCUCUCGGCGGCUCAAACGUCCUUUAAGCCGAGACUUCAAGAUCUCCAACGACUCAAACACGUUUGGGUCGUGA